UUGAAGAAAAAGCGUGUUGAGAGCCUUGCAAAAGAAAUUGAAGUCGAACUCUGUCGAACAAUCAGAGGUAAAUAUGUUUCUGGCAUCAUUGCAAAAUUGGUUGCCGAAAUUUUUGGUAAGGCAAUUAAAAUUCCAAAAGAAUUUGCCCAUAAAAUGAUGAUUGAUUAUACCUGGGGUAGAUAUUGCAGUGCUGAUGCGGCAUCUUUUUAUGCAAGAUUGAUGGCCGAGCGAAUCAUCGAAAAAUAUCAAAAUUAUCCAGAUCUACAAGAGAAGGCAGUUCCAAAACUAGAAAAGGUUGAAGAAGAACCUGUACCAGCGAGAAAUGAAAAUGAAGAUAAUCAAAAAACUGAAGAAAAGAUUCCAGAAACAAACCAAGAAAAGUUAAACAAAGAAAAAGAAGAAAAACUUCAAGAGAUGAAAGAAUCAAUGGAGCAAGCCGAUAAAGAUGGGUGCGCUGAAGUCAAAGAGCAUUCAGAAUCAAUUUCAUCAUCAGAAGAGAAAGAACAAAAUAAAUACUGUGAUUGUGCAGUCCAGACUAUUUUGACUGGUGAAAUUAUCGAACAACUGAUGAAGACCCAAAACAGAUUCUUUUUGCAAUGA